CGCAAAGAUCUCACGCACAAUUCAAUAAUGUUGGCAGCAGUCAAUCUUUGUCCUAGGAGUUCUAAUACAUGUUCUUACAUCAUGGUUCCUGCAAAUAUCGUACCUGUAACCUGUAACCUAAGGCACUAUAAGCUAGCGGCGCAAUCAAUAUUUUAUGGGUAUUAUGGAUGAUAUUUACGGGAGCUUUAGUUAGACUACACCUGAACUACACCGUGGUUAGACUCACAUGUUGUCUAUAGCUUGGUCUAUCGGUAUAGACCACGGAGGACCACCGUAACACGAGGAAAUAGUGAACAGAUAGUGAAGACCUGGCAAAGACUUGAUCAGGACUGUGCUGUGUGGCGUAAAGUGUGAUAGUGUCAUUUGUGGAAUUCAUUUAUAUGGUAGCUGGUGAUUUUCAAAUCGUUUUGUUUUGUUAACGCUGAAGAUAUUUCGGCGCCUCUUGAUACUUUGAAAUGCCACCUACACGUGAUAAACCAAUGGACAAAACCGCGUGGAAAAAAAUGAAAGAAUCACGUAAGGCAGUAAAGGAAAUGAAAAUGUUGAGGCAAGUUGCUAAAUUGGAAAAAGCGGCCAAAGCUGCUGAAGCAGCCCAAAACAACCAAGAGGAAAACGUUCGCAGUUUUAAAAGAUCUACUCUCAGCAUUGCCAUACCAAGUUCUAUACUGGAAAAUGCUCAGUCCCCAGAAUUAAGAACCUAUCUUGCUGGCCAAAUAGCACGUGCGGCGUGCGUUUUCAAAGUGGAUGAGGUGGUGGUGUUUGAUGACAUCGGUACAUGUGCUCCUAAUGAUGUAACAUUUCAAAUAGAACCUGCAGCAGAUAGUGGCGUGGAUCAUAAAACUCCAAUUCGCCGAUCAUGUGUACAAAUGGCACGCAUCCUUCAAUACUUGGAGGAAGGUGUUGUCAGUAACCAGCCUACUAAACAAGGUCGUGGUUCACUUGUAAAUGUGGGUCUGACCCGAGAUGUCCUGAUUGAUCGGCAACUGGAAGCAGGAUUGCGAGUGACUGUGAAACUUCUUCCUCCGAAAGAGGGCUCUAAAAAGAUGCAGGGUUGUGUUGUAACUCCCCAGACCCCAGAGGCUGUCACAGGCAGGUACUGGGGCUAUUCUGUAAGAUUAGCAUCAUCUCUCAGUGCAGUCUUCUCUCAGGCUCCAUAUUCAGGUGGCUAUGACUUGACAUUGGGAACAUCUGAUAAAGGAGAGAAUAUUGAUGAAUUGGUAUUAUCUGGUGGCCUGCCAACCCAUCAACAUGCUCUUGUAGUGUUUGGAGGGCUGGCAGGUUUAGAAGGAGCAUUAGAAGCAGAUCCUGUCAUCCAAGUAGAUGACCCAUCUCUCCUCUUUGACUACUACUUCAACACUUGUCCUGACCAAGGCUCUCGAACUAUUCGCACAGAAGAAGCACUUCUCAUCAGCUUGGCUGCACUACGACCAUUGCUGGUACAAGUUAAUUCCUCCAAUGGAAGUUGAAACUUUUUGUGGAAGUGCUUAUAAAAGACUUAAAAGUUCUGGUAGAUUUGUGGUGUCUUUUUAAAAUGCUCAUACAUUGUUAUUGUUGACUACAGAAAUUUUGUUAAUAAGAAAUUAUUUGAUACGUGUAGUUUUGUUUUAUUUCAGGAAAAUCAGAAUAAUCAUCAUAAAUUAAAAAUUCUUUAUAAGAAAAUAUCAAGUCAACUGGACACUAUUUGUAACCUCCUCAGAGGAAAUUCCCUAGUGUGUCUUUGUACAUAACCACCAGACAUUUUUAACUCCCAUCAAAGAGUAUAUUUGUCAGUUUCACACCUGAAAGUUUGUCUUAGUGACAUACUAAAUUUUGAUAUGGCAAUGGCACUUGUUGUUUUACUCAUAAUAGUCUCAAUUUGCUAAUAUGGAUAUUAAAAACUUAAUGUGUUUAAUUUCAAAUUACUUGGGGCAGGAUAAAGAGUAGUUCAUCUGCUGGAUAGAACAGAAAGUUCUGAGUAGCUAGUGUAUCCAGCUUCACAUUGGAACCCAACUUUCAGCGUUUGUGGCAAUCCAUGUCAGAACCAUAAAAAAAUAUAAUAGAACAUCCAAAAAGGUCUCAUUUUGUAUGUUGCACAUAACUUGUUUCUUAUAGGGACAUAAAAACUGGUUUUAAGACACUAGGACACAUUAUUUCUGAGUUAUGUUUGAUUGGUAAAGUGUGUUGCAAUGUAAUGUAUAUUUAAUUGCAUGUGCACUUUACAAUCCAAAUAUGCCAUAUUAUGCAAACUUCUAUGUUUUUCGUCUUAAUUACCUUUGAUGCACCCGUGGAAGGUCCCUAUUCAGUAGUAAUACAGUUAUGGGAUUUUUUGACUGUGAUUUCUUGUAAAAGGGAUAAAUCUCUUAUCUUUCCGGGGCUUAGAACAGUACAAGUCAUUGUGGGUACAACAUUCCCUUUUAAAAUUUACAAGAAAGUUUAUUUGAAAUUGGUAUGUCAAAUUGUUGUGAAGAAAAAGCUGAAACAAUUGUGACAUUUUGUUUGAUUAAUAAUUUUUAGUCUGCAAAUUAUUUAAUAAGAUAAAAAAGUAGGAGACUUAUUUCUUUAUAACAAGCUUUAUUUUUACCAGUUAAUACCAAACUACUUAAAUAGCUGAAACAAUGCCCCAAAUCUUGGAAUAAGAUAAAACCUCACUCUUGCCCUGCACUUUUUUGUGCUAUAGCAUCCCCUUCAAUUCUGUCUAGAAUAAAGUGUUGCCAUACCAACAGAAUCCAUACAAUAUGAACAUUCUUCUUCGUAAAAGAAAUAUUUUCUUUUACUCGGAAUGUUAGGUUUAACAUUCAGUGAUAAACCUAAAAGGAACAAGAUUGAUUGGAUUUUGACAAACUUACACAAGGAAAAUUGCUUCUUGCUUUCAAACUGUUCCCAUAUUUGCAGUUUAUAUAUUUAUUUUUUGGCCCUUGUCACGAGAAAUUCAGAAAUAAAAACAAUUAAAUUAAUAUUUGUUGGUCCUUUUAAUGUCUUUCAAAGAACUUUGAAGUAAAAUUGAAAGAAAAUCUAACUGCACUUUUGGUCAUGACUAAUAAACAAAAUUUGAAGUCAGACAAAACGCAUUAAAAAACAACUCCUUUCUUUGCUUGGUCAACAUAUCAUUGUACUAUACAAACUGUGAUAUGCCAUGCUUCUUCUGCUAGAAAAAAUAUCAACCAAACCCCUCUGUCUGAAGUAUAUUGAUAGUGGUAAUUCGCAGAGUUUAAAAAUGAAAUCUGCCCUAUUUCAGAUGCAGGUUCAUCCAAAGAAUUUGAUAGCUUUCUUGAUUGAGAUCUAAUAUUUCUCCACUGGUUUUAAAGCAUAUUUAAUUCCUUGUUAACCUGGACAUCCAGAUAGCCCACUCCAGUUUUGGGACGGAAAUUAUUUGUUUUACAGACAGUAAAUCACUAUUGUCAGUAGGUAUAUUACUGGAAUUCACUUGUCAGUGGGAGAGUUCAUUGCCUUCACCACACUGCUCCAAGCUUCCAGCGACAGGUACGUGCAGAGGAGAGAAAGUGGACCUGGCGAAGCCCUGGUCAUUCCCUGGCCCACAAAGUUUGUACCGAUGUAUAUUGUGUACCAUGUAAAUACAUAUUACAAUAUGUUUUUAGGUGAAAGUGUGCUGACAAUGUUUAAACUACCUUUGGUCUUUCAUUGCAACUCAACUUAGAUAAAAAGGUAUAAUGAAUGUUGUUAAUAUUCAAUAUAAUUUUGUAGAGAGCCAACGUUAAGUAACUCCCAAAACUAUAGGCUAUACAUUUUCCUGACAAAAGAUUGAGAAGUGUUCAAUGCAUGAUCUCCUGCAUUAAGUCAUAUUUAAAUGUUAUCCUCAUUAUUGCUAUGUUAU